AUGAUUUCAAGGGCCGGCCUCUCUGUUGUAUGCCAGGCGCGAAUCCAAUUGAGAUCAAGGCCUAGGCCUGUUGCCUCUCUCUCAGCACUUGCUCGAUUAUUAUCUUCUCUGGCAGUGCUAGAACAAAGGGAUGGCAAACUCAACCAUGGCUCGCUCGGUGCGGUGACUGCAGCCAAAGAGUUAGGGGGGUCAAUCACUGGCUUUGUGGCAGGUGGAAAUGUUAAGGCAGUAGCAGAGGAGGCUGCGAAAGUCAACGGAAUUGAGAAGGUCAUCGCAGUCAACAAUGCAGCUUAUGACAAGGGGCUGCCAGAGAACUUUGCUCCUCUGUUAGUUGAGAACAUCAAGAAGGGCGGGUACACACACAUCAUUGCUGGCCACACUGCGUUUGGAAAGAGCUUAAUGCCCCGCGUUGCCGCAUUACUGGACGUGCAACAAAUAUCGGACAUUACCGCCAUUAAGGAUGAGAAGACAUUUGUUCGCCCAAUUUAUGCAGGAAAUGCAAUUGCCACGGUCGAGUCAUCAGACAACAUCAAGAUCAUCACAAUUAGAGGAACUGCAUUUGCACCAGCGGAGGCAGAGGGAGGAUCAGCAUCGAUCGAAGAUGGGCUAGAUCCCAAGGCAGAGUGUAAUACGGAGUGGGUAUCAGAAAACCUCGCAAAGUCAGAUAGACCUGACUUGGCAACGGCUGGCAAGGUCGUUUCUGGCGGUCGAGGUCUGAAGUCGAAGGAGGAAUUUGACCGAAUAAUGCUACCCUUGGCAGACGCUUUGGGAGCUGCAGUUGGAGCAUCAAGAGCAGCUGUGGACAGCGGAUAUGCAGACAACAGUUUACAAGUUGGCCAAACUGGAAAGGUUGUGGCACCACAGCUAUACCUUUGUGCAGGUAUCUCAGGAGCCAUUCAACAUUUGGCAGGAAUGAAGGACAGCAAGGUCAUUGCAGCAAUCAACAAGGACGCUGAUGCACCAAUCUUCCAAGUCGCAGAUGUUGGACUUGUUGGAGAUUUGUUUGAUAAAGUCCCUGAGCUUACUGAGAAGCUCAAUAAACAGUAA